UCCUUCACGACCAGAAAUCCUGAAGAACACCAUUUGAUCGUUGUUCAUCCUGUUUUGAUUUGCACUAAAUUCAUUCACGGCGACUGAUUCAUUCGUAUUUUCAUAAAUAUAGAAGGUUAGAAGGUAUAUUUGACGUUUGUUGGGGGAGAAAUGUCGAGAAUAUGGUCGAGGUUAUCAGCGUAUAUCAGAAAUCGGACUUUCAUCGGAGCCGACAAAGCCGGAAAUCAAUACUACGUUCGUACUGAACAGAUCGACGGUAUCAUGAAGGAGAAACGAUGGGUAGAAUUCAAAGGGGAAGAUGAUCCAACCUCCAUUCCAGUCGAAUGGAUAUGCUGGCUAAAUGGGCAGCGCAAGAUUGCUCCAACACCAGAGGAGAUGGCUAUGCUGGAGGCAAGGCGCCAACGUGUUAAAGAAAAUGUUGCUCUUCUGAAGAAGGAAGAGGAAGAAAGGAAAGCGAGGGAAGGCAUUAGUCGUAAAAUAACAAGCAUGGGUAAAGGCGAUCGGCCAGACCUAAAAAGCUUCAUUCAACAACUUCCGGUUGCCUCAAAAGUUGAUACAUCUGGGAAAGCAUCUGAAGCAACAGGUAGCAACCGGAACGCCAAGGAACAAGAGGACGAAAACGUCCCUCAUCAAGCAAAAGAAGAGCCAGAGUCAGCCGAGCCAACAGGAUCAGGGGCCUCUUUUAGGCCAGGAACAUGGCAACCUCCUUCAUGAUUAUUAUUACUAUUAUGGUCACUUGUUUAAGAUAAUGUAACUCUUCUUAACCGUCGUCGGUUAGAUUCUCUUUUAUUUUUUAGUUUUUUGAGUAACAGUGGGUUUCUGGGUCUGCUUAUAUGCAACGACUAGUCCUCAAGUCAACCGGGAAUGACUUGGAGUCAUCGCAGGCGAACCUCCAUAACCAUAAGGGAUUUAAGAUGGAUAUAUUCUUGUGGUCAAUCAAUCAACAAAUCAUGCCAAUUGCACCAGUCGUGAUCAUCUUUGAAUUCA